GCGCGAGGCGCGGCUGGCGUCGUCACGAGGAAGUCGUGAGACAGCGCGCGGCCUGGGCUGGGCUGGCCGAGGCGGGGCCCGGGGUGGCGCCGCCGAUGCCUCGUCAUCACCGGGCGAUGAGCUGGAAGCGACGUCCGGGAGGAGGGGCCGAGGGGAGCCGGCUCUCGAGCAGGAACCGAAAGUGAGCUCGGCUCCUCUCCAGCUGACGCUCGCUCGGCGGGGGGCCGAGCCGGAAGUGCCGUCCUCCCCUCCUCUCCCCGCUGGCCAGCCGGCCGGGUCCCCGCGGGGGGCAGCGGAGCCAUGGACGCCGCGGCGCUGGAGCGGGACGCGGUGCACUUCGCGCAGCUGGCCGUGCAGAAGGACCAGGGAGGCCGCUACCAGGAGGCGGUGUUCUACUACAAGGAAGCUGCACAAGCCUUAAUUUAUGCUGGGAUGGCAGGAUCAAGCCUAGAAAAUAUUCAAGAUAAAAUAAAUGAGUAUAUGGAAAGAGUUCAAGCUCUUUAUUCAGCAGUUCAGUCACAAAACCAUGACCCCUUGAAGCCAAAACAGCAAUUGGAUUUGGAACGUGCUCGUUUCCUGGUGACACAGGCAUUUGAUGAAGAUGAUAAAGGCAAUGCUGAAGAAGCUAUAGAACUAUACACAGAAGCAGUGGAUCUCUGUCUGAAAACAUCUAAUGAAACUUCUGAUCAGUCCUUGCAAAGUAAACUGAAACUGUUAGCCCGACAAGCACUGGAUAGAGCAGAAGCUUUGAAAGAAUCUAUGUCAAAGCCAUCUCAAAAGGACAAGCCAACUGUAGUUAAAUCAAAUCAGCCAGUCAGAACAUUUUUUCCACUGGGACCUGAUUUUUCCUUGAAUGAUAAGCCUCAAACAGUUAGAACUGUGCAGUCAAGUGAACCACAGGGGCAGAGAUACACAACAGAAGAAAUAGAAGUGCUCAGAAAGACAUCUAAAAUAAAUGGUAUCGAGUAUGUUCCUUUCAUGAAUGUUGACUUGAGAGAACGCUUUGCCUUUCCAGUGCCAUUUUCUGAUAGAUGUGGUAAGCUACCACUAUCACCAAAACAAAAGGCAAUAUUUUCUAAAUGGGUACGGCCAGAUGAUCUCACCAACAAUCCUACCAUGAUCUAUACUGUGUCCAGCUUCAGCAUAAAGCAGACAAUAGUAUCAGAUUGUUCCUUUGUAGCAUCGCUAGCUAUCAGCGCAGCUUAUGAGAGACGGUAUAAUAAGAAAUUAAUUACAAGCAUAAUUUAUCCUCAGAAUAAGAAAGGUGAACCAGAGUAUAAUCCAUGUGGAAAAUACAUGGUAAAACUUCACAUUAACGGUGUUCCAAGAAAAGUGAUAAUAGAUGACCAGUUACCAGUUGACCGCAACGGAGAACUACUCUGUUCUUAUUCUAACAACAAAAGUGAAUUGUGGGUGUCUCUCAUAGAAAAGGCAUACAUGAAAGUCAUGGGAGGAUAUGAUUUUCCGGGAUCGAAUUCAAACAUUGAUCUCCAUGCACUUACUGGGUGGAUACCAGAAAGGAUUGCUAUGCAUUCAGACAGUCAAAAUUUCAAUAAAGAGAACUCUUUCAGGAUGCUUUACCAAAGAUUUCACAAAGGGGAUGUUCUUAUCACCACAGCUACUGGAGUGAUGUCUGAAGAGGAAGGAGAGAAGUGGGGUUUGGUUCCAACACAUGCAUAUGCUGUUUUGGAUAUCAGAGAAUACAAGGGUCUUCAAUUUAUCCAGUUGAAAAACCCCUGGAGUCAUUUACGUUGGAAAGGAAGAUACAGUGAAAAUGAUUUGAGAAACUGGACUCCGGAGCUACAAAAAUACUUAAACUUUGAUCCAAGAACAGCCCAGAAAAUAGACAAUGGUAUUUUCUGGAUCUCUUGGGAGGAUCUGUGCCAAUAUUUUGAUGUGAUUUAUUUGAGUUGGAACCCAGGUCUUUUUAGAGAAUCAACAUGUAUUCACAGUACUUGGGAUGCUAAGCAUGGGCCUGUAAAAGACGUGUACAGCCUGGCAAACAAUCCCCAAUAUAAACUGGAAGUUCACUGUCCACAAGGUGGUGCUGCAGUCUGGGUUCUGCUUAGUAGACACAUAACUGACAAGGAUGAUUUUGCAAACAAUCGAGAAUUUAUCACAAUGGUAGUAUAUAAGAGUGAUGGGAAAAGAAUUUACUACCCAGCUGACCCACCUCCAUAUAUCGACGGAAUUCGAAUCAAUAGUCCCCACUACCUGACCAAGAUAAAGCUGACAACUCCAGGGCCUCACACCUUUACACUAGUGGUGUCUCAGUAUGAGAAACAAAAUACCAUCCACUACACAAUCAGGGUAUAUUCAGCAUGUAAAUUUACUUUUUCAAAGAUUCCUACACCAUAUACUGUAUCAAAAAGGAUUAAUGGACAGUAAGGUCGAGUGCUGGAGGACUGUGGGAACUUCAGGGAUUCCACAAAAAUAACCCCCAUCUACCAAUUCCAGCUAGAAAAGGCUGCGCUACUGAUUGAGCUCAGAGGACCAAGGCAAUAUAGUGUUGGGUUUGAACUUGUCACAGUGUCAAUAGCAGGAGAUCCUGGCCCUUCAGGUUUUCAAAAGAAAAGCAGUGGUGAUUACAGAUGUGGAUUUUGUUACCUUGAAGUGGAAAAUAUCCCUGCUGGAAUCUACAAUAUUAUCCCCAGUACCUUUUUGCCUAAACAAGAAGGUCCCUUUUUCUUGGACUUCAACAGUGUUGUCCCUAUCAAGGCAACACAACUUCAGUGACUGAGAAAUAACAACUGGUAAAUUCUGGACUUGACUCAGAGGCAUCCACCAAAUAUGAACUGUUCUAUUCCUACAAGAAUGUAAGUUUACAGAUGAACUUGUACAUGUCAGACUACACAUCUUGGGCUACUAUUUACUAAAAUGAAUCAUGUCUCCAUCUUUACACUUGCAAUUGUUUACUUUAUUUAUGACUGAGGUUUUUGUCACUCAGGUAUUAUUAUCAAGGAAUGAAAGUGUUUUGGAAGCUUUAAGAGAUCUUGGUAAAUUUAGCAUAAAAAUGCCUAAUAGUGCAAGUUCUUUAAGUUAGGAACACAUCUCAUAUGAAAUAAUGUAGUGAGAAGAAUGGGAAUAUUUUGCCUAUUGCAGUUUUGUGGUUCAUCUUGUAUCAAGUUUUAAAAUGACAAAAUUCUCUGAGACAUUGAAGAUACUACAAUUUAAUUUUUUACACUCUUUUCUACUCACUUUGAUGCUUCUUAGUUCUGACUCUUAUGAAAAACAGCACUUGGAAGAAAAUGCAGUUGAGCUUAAAUAAAAGUUGAUGUGAUUAUUUUCAUUCAGGUAGAAUAAAUUUUCCAGUCACUAAUGUCAUUUUUAAAUUCCCGAGUGUUUACCCACGCAUUACUUUGGGGAGAUUUAUAGAUUUUAAAUAAUUUGAGAAUUUGAUAUUCAGUCAGAUUUUCUUGCCUUAUUAGCAAGAACAUUUUAAUUUGUCAUUAAUGUGGCUUUUUAUUUCAGUAAAAGAUGUUUAUUACAGCCCUCAGAAUAAUUACACAGUUUAACUUAAAACCUAGAGAAACCGAGUGAAAACAAAAUGGUUUGCGCAGCUACUUUCUUGUUAAAUCUUUAGAAUCAGUCCCAUGGGUCGUGUUUGAAUGAACUUUGAUCAUGCUUUUAGUUAAAAGGGUAAACUCUUAAACUCUUGUUCUAGAUUUUAGGAGCACAGAUUUAUUCUGUUAAUGGACUGGUACCUGGGGAAUCUGAGGUGUUCUUCCUUUUAGUAGAUUAAUGAAACAAGUUGGUUGUGACCUUGUUCUGUGUGUGGAGGCCAGCAAGGUGCUGAGCACACAUUUUUCUCUUGCACUUCUAGUGCUGCCCCACAAAUCCCAGAGCCUGACUAUCCCCUUACCCCAUUCCCUGCUUUCUCCUGUCAUGUGCAAAAUCAUAUACAUACAUAGAUAUAAGGUGUUAGGUAUACACCUCUCUUUUUUUUGUUUCAAGUCUGAACUACCUGUUUUAUGGACCUUUUUUAUGCAUGCUUUUUUUUCCCAUUCUUAUUGUCUCCUUGGCGCUUCUUUUACUUCUCUCCCUUUCUCAAAAUGAAGUGACUGCCAGCCUGACUCUCCCUGCCAUGUGCCUCCUUUCUUUGGGUCUCUUCUCAUCAUUUUGCAUGCUUUCUUUGGUCUUUGUAUUUAAGUGGCAAAUUCUCUCUUCCUCAACUAUUACAUUCUGUGUGUGACAGCUCCAACACUGACUUCAUGCAACAUUAAGCAGAGAAAACCAAGGUUAGGUUAGGAAUCCAGACAGGGCCAAGACUUCAGAGAGGAAGGCAAGGUGGCUCAGGAAGAACUGGUGAUGACAGGACUUUUUUGGGUGCUCAGUUGCAGAGAAGAGUGGCAUCCUUUGGGCACUGAGCCAGUCAGACAGACUGUUAAUUAGCCCCUUCAUGGGGCUGAAUGUACCAAAAAUAAGGUAAGGAAGUCAUGUGGAGGAGCUAGGAUUGGCCUUUAACUUUCUGCCAGUUCUGACUUCUGGUUGGUGUAUAUGACUACAGCGUGCACAUUAAUGUGGUGUCCAGCCAGAAGAUGAACCAUCUGAGCUAGGUCAAGAUAGGGGUGGCACCUGUGACUUGGCUGGCAGGAGCUUAGUCUUUAGGAUUUAUGAAUUGCUUCAAUUCAGUAAGAUCUUCCAUGUAGUUACAAGCUAGGCUGCACUGUGUGAGACACUGGGAAUAUAAGAACUAG